AUGACCGCUGUAGUUGACUGGGCCGCUAACAAAGCCAAUGCUGGUUUCCUCAAUGCAGCCAACAAGGUUGAACAUCUUCUGGGGCAGGCUCUCCAAUUGAAGCCUGCCAAUCCCAAACACAUCGCAAUUGCGAUGGAGAUGGCCGCAUCUCUUAGUUUUACCUUCAGCAGCUACGCCUAUUCGGCAACCUCUGUGCCACCCAUGGUGCUCUCUACCGCUGCAGAGAUUCAUGAGCACCUGGAUGACUCCUCCUGCAAUGUUGUCAGUGCCCCGGUCUGGUCCAAUAUUUGCCCAGACGAUCUGCGGAGCCAGCAUAGCCCGCUUUACCCCCUCACUCUUGCCUAUGGCAAACCCUCACCACCCACCAAUCCUCCUGUUGCCGGUCCAUCUGGAUCCAACACCGCAGUCGCCCAGGAUGCCAAUGUCCUUGCAGGCAAGGGCAAGGGCAAGGCAAGAGAAGAUCCUGAGGCCGAACCAACAGAACAGCGCAGCCGCGGUAUGGAACGCAAGCGACUCCGGUGCAUGAGCGCCGCCUGCAGUCAGAGUCGCGCGCCGAAGGCAAAACGGCCACAUGCCACCUCCAAGGCCAUGAUCACCAGCGAGGACGAAUGGGAGUUGGACAUGGCCGACAUUCCCCAACAGCAACUGGUGCCAGAGGCCAGGAAGAAGGCAUCCUUGCCCACUAGACUUCCUCCCACCCUCAAGAAGACCCGGUCGCAAAGCAAGUCGUUCACCAUCACCAGCGACAAUGAGGAGGAUGCCGAGCCGACACCCAAACCUCCACCAAAGAAGAAGAAGAUGUAUGUGGAGAUUGACAAUGAGGAGAUGACGACGAACGUUGGCCCGGCGCCAAAGAUGGGCACACCAUAUGUUCAGGUUCCACCCGCACCAUCGGCUAUUGCCGAUCCCAACACAUGGUUGCCAGGUUGCGGCCCCUGCGUCCACCAAGGGCUUAUAUGCCUCCAAGGCUACAACAACUCCGGUGCAGCGCUGACUGUGUGUGAAGCCUGCCACCGCCUCAAGCAUAAGUGUGGUGGUAAUGGUUCCGCCAUUCCUACCACCAAAGCGAAGAAACCGGUGGCGACCACAACUCGGCAGGGGUGUUCAAAAUCUCGCUGCCGAGCAUCACCGGUGCAUGUCUCUCCAGAGACAGCCACUCCAGCAGCAGCAUCUACAUCUGGUGCACCUGCACCGGUUGUUGCUACCACCGCCGCUCCCACUCCCACUUCCACUCCCAUUCCCAUUCCUACUCCCACUCCCACCACCACUCCCAUCACCGCUCCUGCCACUGCUGCUGCCCCCACCGCCGCCUCCACUCCUGAUGGGCCAGCAGAUGCAUCUGUUGUUGCCCUGAAGGAGCAAAUCGAGGUGUUACAAUCCACCGUCACCUCAUUGGAGGCAAAGGCCAGCAUCGGGGAGAAGCGUCUCCUGGAAGCCAAUCAGAGAUUGGCCGACCAGGAGGCGACUUCAAAACUCCUCGCCGAGCAAUUCGAAGAACUUCGCCGGCAGUUGCUCCCUCCCCCAGUCCCUGCAUCUCCUGUUGCAGCGUGCCUGCCGGUUAUUAUCGGCAACCUCAGCGGCAACAACAAGAAUAUUGGCGCGGCAGAAGAUGGAGCUGAGCCCGCGUCUGGAGCUAUUGCCGAGGCUGAAGAAGUAGCUGAGUCCGCAUCCGGUGUUGUUGCUGGCCUUAGCGGCAACAACAUGGAUGUUGAAGAGGAUCUGGCUGAGUCUGCCUCCACAUCUGGCGGCAACAACAUGGAUGUUGCAGAGGCUCCAGCCAAGUCUGCCCCCGCAUCUGGUAUCAAUGCCGGCCUCAGCAGCAACACCAAUGAUGUUGCAGAGGCUGAGUCUGCAUCUAUUGCAUCUUCCGCUCAGGAGUGA